AUGUAUGAAGGUCGUUUGGUGUUUAUAGAUUUGGCGGGCAGCGAGCGAGGUGCGGAUACACUGCAGCAACCGAAGCAAACGCAGCAGGACGGUGCGGGUAUAAACCGUUCUCUGUUGGCGCUGAAAGAGUGUAUACGAGCCAUGGAUAGAGACAAGCUGCAUGUGCCCUUUAGGGACUCAGAGUUGACAAAAGUAUUAAGAGAAGUGCUGCUGGGGAGAAACAGCAGAAGCGUUAUGAUCGCCACCAUCUCCCCCGCAUCCUCCUGCUGCGAGCAAACCCUCAACACACUCCGAUACGCAUCCAGAGUCAAAAACUUCCGCAUGCAACAGCCCCAGCAGCAGCAGCAGCAGCAGCAGCAGCAACAGCAGCAGCAGCUGCAACAGCAGCAGCAGCAGCAGGGGGGGGGUGAAAUACAGCAGCAGCAGCAGCAGCAGCAGCAAGGGGGGAGAGACAGUGUAAGGUCUCCUUUGAGCCCCUCUGCUGCCAGCUCCGGUAUAGAGGAACUGUCUCCUCUUCGCUCUGCUGACUUUGUUACUGCAUCUGAGCUGUCUCCUCGCUUGCCCCCCCCAACCCCUUUGGGGCCCUAUGGGGGGGCCCCCAGGAGGGGCCCCCGUACCUCCUGCAGCUUCGGCUCUCCCCUUCUCUCCUCUAGCGUCUCCUUGCCUUCUGCUCCCUCAAGCAGCAACAGCAGCAGCAGCACCAACAGCAGCAGCAGCAGCAGCAGCAGCAGCAGCAGCAGGCCUAUACGAAGCGCAGGUGUCAGCCGCAAGAGCGUCAUCGGAGGCCCCGCGGGGGCCCCAAGGAAAGCCCCAGGGGAGACCGCUCUCAGCAGCCCCAGACGCAUGCAAGACACUGCAGCAGUAAAUAAAGAAAUGUUAUUUGCUGCUGCUGCUGCUGCUGCUGUUGCUGCUGCUGUUGCUGCUGCUGUUGCUGCUGUAGAUGCUGCUGUUGCUGCUGAUGGUGAUGGUGGUUAUGUUGAUGGCGGUUGUGCCGGUAGGGGUGUUGCUGCUACUACUGCAGCAGCAGCACUUGCUGUUGCUGCUGCAGCAGCAGCUGCAACAGUUGCUGCUGCUGUUAUGUGUGUGGACCGCAUGCAGGGCGAAGUGCGUGGGGUUUUGCCUCCUCCUUCUCCUUUGUCUUCGUUUCAGCAGCAGCAGCAGCAGCAGCAGCUGCUGCUGCAGGGGCCUCGGGCCCCAGGGAGACAGCUAAGAGAGAUGACGCUGUCUCCACGCCAAUCGCGGCUGUAUAAGUCUGCUGCAUGCAGCUCACCUCUAUCUGCUGCUGCAGAUGCUGCUGCAGCAGAUGCUGCUGCUGCUGCUGCAGAUACAGCAGCAGCAGGAAAAAGCGAAAUGCCUCUGACAGCCAGAGAACUGCAGCAGCAACAGCUGCAGCAGCAGCAGCAGCAGCGAACAGCGCAGCAAGCAGCAACCAGAAAGACAACACUCCUAGGGAGGAAGCAAAGCCGCCACACGAUAUCUGCUGAGUCCCCCAGCACCCGUCUUACUCUGCGCAGCAAGCAGCAGCAGCAGCAGCAGCAGCAGCAGCAAGAGCAGCAGCAGCAGCAGCAGAGACCGUCAGCAAGCGAGAAACGACCCCCAGGCACACCCUCUAUCAACACACAAGCACUCAGAAAAUCCUGGCUGCGGAAGCAGCAGCAGCAGCAGCGCAGCAAAAGGGGGCUGCUGGGGGACGACGGGGAGACCCUUAUCUUUAUGAAGGAGCCAGCAGGUCUAGCAGCAGCAGCAGCAGCAGCUGCUGCUGCUGCUGCUGCUGCUGCACAGGAUUCACCCCUAGACACACGCAGAAUGGCGGUGGAUGCUGACGCGACAGAACAGUGCCCCCAACAGCAGCAGCUGCAGCAGCAGCUACAGCAGCAGCAGCAGCAGCAGCAGCAGCAAGGGCUGUUUCAGGAUGAUCCGUCAGCAGCAGCUGCUGCAGCACAGCUGCCCCCUCUCCUCAACGAGCUGCGGGUGCGGCGGCCCAGUGGGUCUCCUUCGUCUGCGUACUGCAGCGUGCGUCCUAGCAGCAGCAGCAACUGCAGCAGCAGCAGCAGCAGCAGCAACAGCAGCAGGCUGCGGUGUAAGUUUGGGGGGGGGACCGGCGUAGAAGCAGACCCCACGAAGUCUCUGCUGCAGCAGCUGCUGCCGUCCCCAGAGCAGCAGCAUGAUGAAGUAGAUGCUGGAAACAGCAGCACUGCAGCAGCAGCAGCAGCAGCAGCAGCAGCAGCAACAGCCCCCUUUGACAUGUCGCGGCUGCUGCAGCAGAAUCUACAAGGCGCAGAUAUCGAGUCCCUAACUGCAGCACAGAUUGAGGGCCUUCAGGUGCAGGUUGGCGGCCGCAGGCAGCACUACAUGAAGAGGCUGCUGGAGCUGCUGCGGGGGAGAGCGGCUGAGGGGAGCGGAGCUCAGGGGCAUCACGAGAGGCAGCAAGAUGAACUUGUCUGCCGGCUGCAUGAGGGCAAUCCGUGCAGCGCGGAGUUUGCGGAGUACGCGCGACAGAAGAUGGAGUUGGAGUUCAAGCGGCUGCUGCGCAUGCGGCACUGCUGGCUGCAAGCUGAAGAACUUCGUUUGCUGCAUCGAUACCUCGGAGCUGCAGCUGAGAGGAAGGGAAAGGCUCCAGGGGACAGCAGCGACGCUGCAGCAGCAGGCGGAGAGGAGGUCUUGCAGAUGAGAGAGGGUCUGCCGCCUUCAGGUGUACAUACACCUCAAGCAGUACAGCCCGCAGCAGCAGGCACAGCAGGAGCAGCCGCUGCAGCAGCAGGAGCAGCAGCAGCUGCUGCUGCUGCUGCUCCUACUGUUGAGAGACGCAGUGGGGGCGAGGGUGGCCUCGUAGCCUGGCUUGCUCACGCAGCUUCGGGUGUACGUACACCCCGUUGGCUUGGUAGUUUGUCUCCUCGUGUCAGUGACACCUCUGGGGCCCCCGCAGCCCCUGUCUCUCUGGACUCUGUGGAGUCAGAGGGGCCCCAGGGGCCCCAGGGGCCCCCAGGGGCCCCGGGCGCCCCGGGGGCCCCCAGCGUUGACAGCUUGUCUCCUACGUCUAGCAUGAGGAGCAAGAGGCCCCCCCCCGCAGGAGCAGAGCCGCAGCACGUCACCCCAGAGGGAUACAGCAGACUCUCCCCUCUACACCCAGCAGGAAUACGAACUGUGCAGCUCAGUGAUGACCUCACCACAGCGGGGCCCCCCUAG